GGCCCGGGUCACCUGUGGCCUCGGGGCCCCUAAACCCGCCGGACCCUCGCGAUUCGGAGCCUGGCGGGCGUGGUGGGGGAUUUUUUUUUUUUUUUUUUUUAUUGCCCCCUUCCCGGGAGCGAGGAGGCCCCGCCCCCUCCCACCGCCCAGAUGUCUCCGGUCACUGCUCGGAGGACCUUCCUGAGGCCAGGAGCGGAAGGGUCCAGAGAGAGAAGCCCACCCUAGGGAGCCUUGGGGGCCACCCAACCUCGUCUUGGGGCUCGGCCCCCGACGCUGCUUGGAGGAGAGGCCGGUGCCCCCACCCUCGGGGGCUGCCCUCCUCCAAUCCAGUUCUCUCUUCAGCGCUGUUCACAUCUGGAGCCCCCUCCACAUCUGGAAGACCCUGAUCACCAUCGCCUGCAGGUUCGGCUGCAUCUAGAGACCUAUGCCUUUGUAACUGCCUAGGAGUUGCGAGGGGAUUGCUGUCUUUCCCCCAUCCCAAGGGCAUCUCUUACCCUCAGUCCUUGCAGAAUCAUCCCCCUGCCUCCGAAUCGGAAGACUCAGGCAAAGAUUAGCUCUGUACACCACAGGCCCUUCACGUCCUGGAAGCUGUUCUUGGGCCCUAAGGUCCCUCCCCUUGCCCUCCUGUGUCCUUACCUUGACCCCCCCCCCCACCUCUGUCAGACUCUGUCUCCCUCUGGGUGCUCCAUCCCCCACCCAGAGGCAGAGUAGGUGGAGUGGCAGGCUGCAGGGGUUGGGUGAGGGCCGCCCAAGGCCAGGGUAGGCUGGGGGGCCGUUAAGAUGUGGAGCUCUGCCCGGCCGAGGGGGGCUCCGUGGAGGCAGACGAAGCGUGUGCCCCGCUGGGGAGAGCAUGGGCAGGCUUUCGGCCACGUUGUGAAGGAUGAACAUUCGGGGUGCCCCGGACCUCGGGCAGCCCAGUGAAGACCCCAACAGUGGUGGAGAGAGAGAACGGAUUCGACAGCGCAUGAAGAUGGUCAUCGGGCAACUUGAAGGCAUCCUGAGGGAACUCAAAGAAGUGGCUAAGGAGCUGAGGGAGGUGGUGAGUCAGAUCGACAAGCUAACCUCUGACUUUGACUUUGAACUGGAGCCAGACGACUGGACCACAGCCACUGUGAGCAGCACCUCCAGCAGUGACAAGGCGGGUGUGGGCGGCCCCUUUGACCUGGGCCACCUGGACUUCAUGACAGCCGAUAUCCUCUCAGACAGCUGGGAGUUCUGUUCCUUCCUGGAUGUCUCUACCCCAUCAGACUCUGUGGAUGGGCCUGAGGCAUCCCGGCCAGGCCCAGGCCCUGACUACCAGCUCAUGAAUGGUGGCAUGCCCAUCCCCAACGGGCCACGAGUGGAGACGCCAGACUCCUCCAGUGAAGAGGCCUUUGGUGCUGGCCCUGCAAAGGGUCAAGUGCCCCAGCGGACCCCAGGGACGAGGGAGAGGGUACGGUUCAGUGACAAAGUGCUCUACCACGCUCUGUGCUGUGAUGAUGAAGAGGAGGAUGGUGAGGAGGUAGAGGAGGAGGAGGCGGGCCUGGCCCCAGAGCUGCCUCAUGUGGAGCCACACACAGGCCCCCUCAAGCCCUCCCCAGCCCCCUACAAGACCAGGCGCUCUCCAUUGGCCACCCGACGCCUGGGCCCCGCGUUGGCCCCAGAACAGACCCGAAGGGUCACAAGGAACAGCAGCACCCAGACAGUAUCAGACAAAAGCACGCAGACAGUGCUGCCCUAUACGGCCACCAAACAGAAAGCUAAGGGCAAAAACUAGGGGCUGGGAGGGGGAUGCAUAGAGCUAUAAAUAUAUACAUAUAUAUUUAAACAAACACAGUCAUAAUAAAAUUCAUAAAUACUAAGGAUCCGGGCCCACAGGCCCCAAAGCCUUCAGAAAGCUCAUCCUAAAAGAACAAGAUGCCCAGAGUUCACCUUCCUCUCCAUAUGGCAGGGUUCCCUGAUGGAAGCUGAACCCUACCGUGCCCACUCCAAGUGCCCAACACCACGGAGGUCUGUGAUUGCUAGCCUGGGCCAUUUCCUAGGGAGAACUCAACAGCCAGAAGCAAGCUAAGGGAACAGUAGGCCAGGGCAGGGCUCACCCAAAAGACCAAGAACUUAGAACCCGUGGUUGGCAUCACCCUGGCUAGACCCAGAAGUACCCCUGUCCUCUUGGGGAGACCUGUCUGUGCCUUGUCUCUCCAGAGGAGAGACAAUGCUGUCACACACACACUCACCCACCUUAGGGUUGUCCCAAACACUGUGAAGGGUAGCCUGCUGUGGGGAAGGCUGGCAGCCACCGAGCUGGUGGAGCUGCAGGACCAGGCCAGUGCAAUCCAGGAACCCAGUCCAUUCUGAUUCCUUCAGCUCCCGUUCUUAACUCCGGGGUUCAGAAUCCUCAUCUCUUGCCCUGAGCAGAACCAAGGUCUGUGGACAGUGGCAGUGGCCAUCACAGUGCUAGGAACCAAGACACAGAGGCGCUUAGCCUUCUGCACUAGGCAGGCAGUAGGCAGCCAGGUACCGUGUCUCCACCUGGCUCCUCCUCCUUCGCACCCAACCCCUUAGCUCAUCUUGGCAAGCCCUGAAUAGAGUCGAAGGAAGAUAUAGCAGCAAGAGAGCGUCCCCCACUGCGUGAUCUUCCUGGCAACAGAUUCCAAUGUCCUGAGGGGGAAACUGUCACUGUCCACACCGGGCAGGUCACUAUGCUGAAUGCACUAAGUACCAUCACCUCAUUGCCCCACUUUUCAGAUGAGAAGACUGAGGUUCAGAGAGGUGACGUAGCAGAUGCAAGACCACAGAGCUUCUGCUUUCCUGUCCCCGAGAACAAGUAGUUUGUAGGCUGCCCUGGCCCUGCUGUAUAGCGGCUAUGUCACCUCGGGCCAAUCUGUUAGCCUCUUUCUUUGACCCUUUUUACUUCAGCUGUAAAUGGGUCUGAUACUCUUCACCACCUCAGUAACGGUCACAGGGAUCCAGCAUGGUGUAGACAAAUUGAAGGCCCUGAAGGCCUACUGUGGGCAGUGUGUAUCAGCCUGCAUCUCCAGUGACUUCCAGGAUAGAGGACCAAAGUGGAAGCUGUCCUGAGUCAGAAGUAUCACAUGGCUUUGUCCCUACAAACAGCUUGAGGCCAGAAGAUGGCCACAGCAUGACUCAUUAACCCCACCUUGGAGCAGAGAGGUAAGGUCGGUGAACGGUUGAGAGCAUCGGUCCUGAGGCCUUCCUGGGCACGGCUCUAUUAGUGCAGAGCCACAACCCACCAGGGGGCCUCGUGUUCUACCAGCACCCGCUUUCUCUGCCUGGGGAGGUACUGUGUGGUGCCGCAGUGGGGACUAGCAGGCUGGCCUAGAGGGGAUGGAAGGACAUAACUGGAAAAUCUGACAGGCCUAGGGUAUCACAGGAUGAGAUCUGUCCCCCACCAUGGUGAGGUCAGAGCCCUACAAAGCCAGAGUGGUGCAGCCACCAGAGCAGGAGUCCAGUGAUGCCAGCUAGAGCUAGCUCAUGCCAGCGGGCCAGCGAGGCCCUGCCCUCCCUUAGCUGAACAGUUCCCGCUCAUCCCAUUCCAUCUCUGAGGCUGGCUUUUCCCUCAUUAGUGAUGAAGCCGUUUUUCUCAUGUUUUCAACCAUUAUGGAGAUGAAACCUACGGAGUAGUUCUCAUUUCAUAGGGCCAGGCUCUCUGCGAGCCCAGAGCAAGGGAAUGCCUCCUCUAACCCAGGCUUAUACGACUAUGCUUGGUCACAGAUAACCUCCACCACUUGUACCCAGGUGGGGCACAGAGUGAAUGUGUCCUGGUUUUGAAGUAGAUAUAGGUCCACCAUGGUGAAGGCUCAGAAAGCUCUUGGUGUACUCACCAGAUCCAGACCUCACUGGCAGUGGGAUAGGAUUGCCUGGACUUCUUAAGACUUGAAAUACAGGCCUCAUCUACCCAGGGAGGAAAGCAUCAGAGCAGGGACUCCUAUCCUUAGAGCACACAAAGCCAUCCUGGGCCCCUCCCCCACCGAGUCAGCCCUUCCUCCAGCUCCUCCCUGCCUCCGGGCCUCUGCUGUUGUCCGGCUUUGCUCCUAAGGACCUAUCUGCUUCUAGGAGGUAGGAUUUCACCUGCCACCUGCUGUGUGCACUUUCUUGUGCUGUAGGUGCUCUAGAGGAAGUAGGAGGGAGCCAAGCCAGCCCUCAUAACAGAGAAGGGGCUAAGCAUAAUAAAUAGCUCCAUUAAUGAGCACAUACUAUGCGCUGGACUUGUGGAAGCAUGUGCCUUAUCUCCUUCAUUCCUCAGACAUUGUCAAAUAUGUCAUUUUACUUAAACUGAGGUUCUGAGAAGUCCUGUCAUUUACUAAACAAUACAAGUUAGGAAAACCAAACUCGGUUUCUUAGCACCCGUGUAUGUGCUGACAAGAGGUGGCCCAAGGACCAUGUGAGCCCUGGAGGGCAAGAAAUGUGUUAGAAGAAGGAAGCCAGGGAACCUUCUGUUUGGGGAGACCUUAGCCGCUGUCAACCUACACGUCGCAGGCCCUCUCUCAGCCCAAGACUGAAUGGACCAUAGAUUUGAUAAAUGAUUGUCGAAUGUAUUAACGAGCCCCUCUGCAUCCAUUUAGUCAGCCGUCACUGAGGCCCUCCAGUGUGGCAGAUCUCAUGUUGCACAGGCAUACAUGUGCACACACUCCCACGCGCACGUAACUCUCCCCUGUGAGAGGCUGGUUUGGGAUGUCUCAAGGCUGGGCAGGAAUGAAGAAUGUCAAGUUUCAGCCUUGUCAAGUCAGGGAUGUUUACUGGGUCUAGCCUUACCAAGAUGCCAAGGGGGGAAAAAAUGCCAGAAGCCAGAGGGUGAGGAAAGUACUCAGAAACAUGUCCUGAGAGCUGGAGGCUUCUCAGCCUGACACCACUGUGGUAGAAUUAAGCACACUGCAGUAUCCAUGAGCGCCUGAGAAUAAGGAGAAUCCCAGCUAUAUAGUGGACAGAUGUGGUUUUCUGAAACCAACAGCAGAAAGCAGAAGACACCAUUCAGAGACACCCCACCCCGCUCCCAGCACCAUCCUCUGUCCUUAGACAGAGCCAGGUCAUGUUAACAAGAGAAGGGGUUGGGGUGGGGAUCCAAGAAGCAGCAGGCCCAGCCCUCCACACCCCAUCCUGAGUCCCCUCUCUCUGCCCCCACCUCUCCUAACUCCUCCUAUCCCCACUUCUCCUUCCAAAAACUGAGACUUGUGUAAGAAAACUGGCGUUUUUUGACAACCUUGUAUAUGCCAGGAACCAGGCCAUGUCUUUUAACCAACACUAAAUAACAGAUUCAGCUGGGCCCUGUGCAGAACAGGUUGUUCAAUACUUAUUUAUUGAGCAAAUGGAUUAACCACAACCAUCAUUUUAACAGGUCAGGCAAGGGGACAAACGAACAAAGGAGACUUAAUGUUGCUAUAGUUCGUGAAACCUAUGAGAGCAGGUGUUUAUGACCCUUCCUUUGGAACGGGGUAUCCCUGGGUACCUAGAAGGGGGAGUAAAGGUCAUUUGGGGAUGCUGGGACCUUAAAGGUAGAUGGAGUGGCCAUAUGCUGGGCAAGAGAGUGAGGUCCUAUUAAAGCAGGGGAAAGAUGUUGGAGCUAAUGCGGUAAAAUGAAAAAGCUGAGGGGCACUCCCCGCUAGGAACUUCAGACACUGCUCCCUCCCACCCCCAGCUCUCACCAACUCACUCUGUUCUCUUGACAAGGGUUGAGGUAGGGAGACAACACCUGCCUAGUCUGAGAUGAGAGUCUGUCUUUAAAACAAGUCAAUAAUGUGCUAUCCAGCAGGCUGUUACGAUGGGGACUCAUUCAGUGCAUAAAUGAAAACAGCACAGUUAGCACCUUGGUAAUUUGGAUAUACUAAAACCCUCAAAAAAAAAAUACUGUAUCCUACCAUUCUGUUUUCCACAAGCCAUCUAGGCAGGUUCCUGAGGCUGUGUCCUGAUACACAUGAGCCAGCUGGGAUUUUCAUAUGACCUGACUCUGCUCACCUGCCUGCCCUGCACCCCAACACAGCCACCAUUAUCAUUUACAUCUCCUUUAUGGGUCUCCAACAAACAAGCUGAGGAGAAGGAGGGUCUAGGGCAACCUCAGGCCAGCAUUGCUUAGGGCUUGGGCCACACGCUGAUCGGAUCUGACUCCCUGCCAGGAAUCCUCAAACUCACACACCUGCCUGAGGCUCUGCUGUCCCUCCUGUUUCUCCUGGGACCUGCAGGGGUGGGGCUCACCACGUGACAGGGGUUCACCAUCCGCUGCCAUCUCAGAAGUGCUACCAAAACCCAUCUUAAGGGCUGCCCCACUCAUCCUCAGCUCCCUAGCAGAGCAGGGCUCACUACAAGAUACAACCCAUGAAAGAGGUUUGGAAGGAGGUCUGGGACGGGACCCGGAUGCCUUUUGGUUCUUUUUCAUUUUGUUUUUUUAAGUUUUUAUUAACAUGUGUGGGCUUCAAUAUGGCAUUUUAUACAUAUAUAAUGAAUGUUGAUCAAUGUACAUAAUGUGGUAAUCUCUUAUUACCCUCUCGGUCCCUCCUACUCCUGUUGAUCCCCUCACUCAUCUCAGCUAAUCCUCCUCCUGCUUCUACUCUCAUGUCCUCUUUCUUUCUCUUUUCUUUCUUUCUUUUCUGUGACUCAGUUUUAUUAGGUCUAUUUGCAGCAGCACAGGAAACUUACCAAUGACGACUGAAAAAAAUGUUUCUUCCUCACCAACCAUUAGCUGCUUUUAGAUUCUAAGGGAGGGUUGAGGGCUCCAUGAGCCUCUCUGAGAGCCCCAGUGUUUGUGGGGUUUCCUAUACUCAUCCUGGUCAGGGAUGCUCCUGUAAAAAUGGAGAAUUUCCUCAGGCACCAUGGUGGGAAUAACUGAGCCACCUUGGAGAAGGUGAGAAAACCACCUAAGGGAGGGAGGCUUCACUUUGGUUCCUGGUUUCAAAAGAUUCAGUCCGUACUUUCCACCUGAUGCAACAGAAGGGGUGAGAGUUACAGAGCAGGGCUGCUCAGCUCAUGGCAGCUGGAGAGCAUCGAGAUGGACAGGGAGGGGCCUUACACAAGAUUUGCCCUUCCAAGGCAAUAUCUGCUCCCCACUCUCAUAUGCAGCCUCCUUCCCCCAGCCAGGUUCCACUUCCUAGUUUCCAGCAACCCCCAGUAAUGUCAUCAAAUAAUGAGUUUAUCAGUGGCUUGAGUCAUUGAUUAGGUCAGAACCCUCAUGCUUCAGUCACCGCUCAAUGAUUGGAUCCGUCAGCUGUGGGCCAGGCCGUGCACACACAAGCUUUUGAGGGGAGACACCACAUCCAAACUGUAAGAAGAGGUUACUAGGUGACCCAGGAGUUUGGGAAGAGUUAUUGAACCCCAGUGGACCCCCUCCCCAGAGUCAGCAACCUAGGUACUCUCCUUGUUCCUUAUCUCCUUAAAAACUAAUGAUACCUGGCAUCAGUGCUAGGAAGAGGCCUGUCUGCUUCAAGGCUCGGGAGGGUAGACGAGAAGUCAACUGUGAGUACAGGUGACUCUGCAGAGUGAUAAAGCAGCCUGCAGGAGGUGAUGGUUGCCCUUGGCCUGAGAACACAGUCAGGAGCAAGGCAAGAGCUCAGCUUGGGAAGUCCCAUGUGGCUCUAAAACUGUUCCCAAGAGUGCUCAGCCUGUGACACUGUAACAAGAGGCCCGCUGAACUGGUCCCAGAGCCUGAAAGUAGGA